AUGCCAGCUCCGAUCAGACUGCGGGAGCUGAUCCGGACUAUCCGGACAGCACGGACCCAAGCAGAGGAGCGUGAGAUGAUCCAGAAAGAGUGUGCUGCUAUCCGCUCAUCCUUUAGAGAGGAAGACAAUACAUACCGUUGCAGAAAUGUGGCAAAACUACUUUAUAUGCACAUGUUGGGCUACCCGGCACACUUUGGUCAGGUAUGUGAUGGUGGGGGGAUGGGCUACAGGACUACAGAAGCUCUUUCAAAUUUCAGUGACUGAAGACAAUAUGAGGAUGAUAUAAAUGCAAUCUGUUUGAUAUUUGCCAGUAUUUCCCAGCUUUGUGUGGCACACACUGAGCUUACAUUUUACCACCAAAUUAAUGUGAUCAUCAGUCUUUAGUUGUGGAAUCAACUUCUCUUAUUAUGAUGAUCCAGAAGCAGAUCAGCACUGGAAACAGAGCUCUUUAAUGUGAAUAUUCACCGGGGAAAUUAAAUAACUGCCACAGCUCAUGAAAUCUUUGAGAGAAACCCCCACUAGUGUUUGAGAUGACAAGUUUGGUAACUUAGAUUGACAAUUUGCAUUAGUUGCUAGUAGCAAUAGUUAGUUAGCUGUAUCUCACUACUUCUAUUGAAUUUCCCUUCAGGGAUAAAUAAAGUUCUUCUUAUCAUAUCUUAUCUUAUUAAAGUCAGAGAGUGAAAGCUGUGACGUAACAGUUUUAGAGUAGAGGUGGUGUAUCAAGCCUGGCUGCUGAUCUGUGCUGGCACAACUAUACCAGAGCUUGUGAGCAAAAUAUUUACACGGUGCCUUUUUGUUGUGUUGGCCUUUGAUGAAUGAUAAAAAUUCAUGUUUUCUUGCUGAACAAAAUUUUUGGAUCGUAAGAUAAAAUUUUUUAGAGAGAGGGUAAGAGUAAACUGUUUUUUUUAGGACUCAUGCUUUUUUAGAUGGAUAUCCGUCCUUGAGCUAGUCUGUUCAGUGCACAACUGUGCAAACCUAGAUAGGUGACGUCAGGUAAUAUUAUAAGACAUCACUGUAAAUAGUGUAAGACUCCAGUAUAUAUGUGCUAGACUAGAGAAUAUUAAGAGAAUAUUGGCAUGUACUUAAUGUCCUUGAAUCAUCUGAUGCUGAAGAUUAAAACCAAAAAACCUUUGGGCAGUGAAGUGACAUAAUGGCUUGUUUUUUUUGUUUGUGUUUUCUUUUCAGCUGGAGUGCCUGAAGUUGAUUGCAUCCCAGAAGUUCACUGACAAACGGAUAGGUUAUUUGGGGGCUAUGCUGCUGUUGGACGAAAGGCAGGAUGUCCACCUACUAAUGACAAAUUGCAUUAAGAAGUAAGAGACAAAAAAAAAAAAUUUAAAAAUCCAAAAAGAAGUACUCUACUCUCUGAAUGCAACUCCAGUCGGCAGAAGGAUCAGUCAUACAAGACAGCUCCACCAUCUGUCUGCGUUAACAGAGGCUCCAGACUGCAGUUCAUGUCACACACAGAACGACCUCAUAGUUGUAUAAAGCAACAACAGACUAUAGUUCGUGGCUCUAUUUUGUUCCCACCAAGCUGUCAGGUUUGGUUUGGCACACUUUGGUAUAGUAAACCCUGAAUUUGCAUUUUCACAUCCAGCUGUAACUUGGCUCUGCACUCAGGAAGCAUGUUGGCUGCCACUUAAAACAGCAGGUGUGAGCAGCAGCACGUCUUGCAUCCUUUUCAUAGGAUGAACAGCCAUAUUCUCUAUAAGGCUUGUCUAAUUUUCCUUGAGCUGCAUAUAGAUCUCAGCUGAAAUAUACAAAAAAAAGACUUCCCUUUCCUUGUUCAAACACUUUUAUUCUGAAGUUGUAUCCCAGAUAGUUAUUUGGUAAAAGAGAUGAGUUGCAUAGCUCUUUUAUUCAAGCUUACAGUGAACCUUCUAUAGACAGAAGGCUGUCAUGAUUCAUGUUGCCUAGAGGUAAACUCUUAUUCACUAAAUAACAACAGAUAACAGGAAAUACUCCCUCUUUUGGGAUCUCUCUCUACACCGGUUCGAUCUCUGUUGCUCUCCCUCAUCAGCUGGUGUUUAUGUGUAAACUCAACACUCGUUACUGAACAAGGUUGUUUCCUAACAGGCUUGCUAUAUACACCUGAAAGUAUCCCCUGAUAUGUCUGAAAACGUACAUAGAAAUGAUCCAAUCCAGCACCUUUUCUCUCAGUCAGUAGAGUACCAACUUUGGACUCUGGAAACACAAAAGAGUAGAGAGUGGAGUGUCUUUUCAAACUGUACUGUACUGGACGGCAUGAUGGGGACUCAUCUUUAUGUCCAUACUUGGUUCUCUUUGUCGGAUUGUUUUGCUCUUUGUCUCCUCAGCACUGUUUGACUGUAACACAGUAAUUUAUCAUUAAUUGAUUGUUUUCAUGUCUUGGAUCCAGUGAGUUAGUUUGCUGUUCACAAUCUCUGUUAUGCAGAUGUAAUAGAUGCGAUUUGAUAAUAGGAGAUGAAAACUUUUUCAGAACUCAAUAUUAAGACCUGUCUGUUCAAAGAAGUCUGCUUUAUAAGGGACUUGUACUUUCUACAGUACAAGCAGUUUUAUUCUGUGGUUCAUGUUUGAGGAUUUCUGAUAUGGUCCUUUUUGAAAUGCACGUUCAUUUUCCCUGGUAGUGGGUUUGAAAACCAAAUCUAACUUUUGAGUCGUUGAUGCUGUCAUCCAAAAUCCUUCUUGUAUGUAUACUUGUGAGUGCCAGCAGCUGAUUCAUCUUUCUCCUCUCAUUCCAGUGACUUGAAUCACAGCACACAGUAUGUUCAGGGCCUGGCCUUGUGCACUCUGGGCUGCAUGGGUUCUUCAGAAAUGUGUCGUGAUCUGGCUGGGGAGGUGGAGAAGCUGCUCAAAACAUCCAACUCCUACUUGAGGAAAAAAGUAAGCCUUGGUGACGCCGUGUUGAAACAAUGAAAGACUGAAAGUCUGUAGCUCACAGUUAAUGCAUGGAAAUGCAGGAAUAUGUUAUGAUUGGGUUAACAAGAUAAUGAAAGUGUUAAAGUCGGAUUGUGUCUUCAUUUUGAAUGUUAUUUGUUGACAGGCAGCGUUGUGUGCAGUUCAUGUCAUCAGGAAGGUCCCAGAACUUAUGGAAAUGUUCCUUCCAGCCACAAAAAACCUGCUGAGCGAGAAGAACCAUGGUAAGUGUAAACAGUUUGUCAGGAUGCAGUUACUGGCUUGCAGGGGAGUGUGCUUGUGAUUGUGUCCUACACAUAUGCAGAGUUUUUUCAUUCCCUGCCACUCACAGUGCUCUGCUCAGAACAGCUGGCAGCUCAUGUCCUUUUGGUGUCGUCCUUUGCGGAGGAGAAGAGAAUUAAUGAGUCUGUCAUAAACUCUGGGGCUUGUGUGUUCCCCAUAUAGGGGGAGACUUGAUCUUCCUUGACAUUGUGUACCAAAGCAGUAGGGAUACUUCAGAUAGGACAGUUCACAAAGGCAAGGGGUUGUUAGCUAUUAUUUUUGUCUGCCCAUUCGUGCCUUUUAAUUAUGUGCUAAUAGGACACGGGGUGAAAUGUUUUUAAAACUCAAAAUUACAAAGUCUCAGUCAUGCUAUUAAAACACUUCACCUGAGGGGAGUACCAUGAAGUGAGAUUAGAGGGAGAGCUGAGUCUGCUGAUCCAAAGUCCACGGUGUCACUAAGCUGGCUCUCCUCUAACCCCGAUUCUAUGAACACUGAAAGGAGAUGUGCAAUCACAGUGACACUAUGUAAAUAUGGCAUCAUGGGAGCCUGUCUGUGUCUCCUCCUUUCUGCUUCUUUUUGGUUUUUUUUCUUCCUUUCACUACUGUUAAAAUUAACCCUAUGAGUCCCAGCAAAUCCUCGGCACAUUAAAAGAACAAGAAGGGCGCCACAUUAAUAAGUGGCUGCAUUAAGUACAUGUUUUUUAUGUUUGAUCUGAGGUCAGAGUAGCAGGACUUUCCAGCAAAAUAUAAAACUGUUCAGUUUAUGAAGCGGUUAACAUUCAUCAUAGAAUUAAUCUAACAGGUGAACUGACUAGACUUUUAUCUGGCCAAUACGAGUGCUAUUUCCUUCUUUAAACAAUUGGAGUUAUUCAAUAAUCUCAGUUUCUGCCCACACUACUGAAAUUGUGUGUUGAAGUGUAAAAGUUUAACUGUGUGUCAUUAUCACAUUAAUAAAUGGUGGCACUCAGCGAGUAUUGUGGUAAAAUCGAUAGAUGAAUUCACCAUGUAACAGUCUUUGGGGCAGGACUUUGGUCUUUAUUCACUUUGCAGCAGCAAGGGCAAUACUUACCACCAUAAAUUUUAAAGAUUCCUCAUAUUUUCUCAUCAUGUCACUCUUAAAGAAGCAAACAACCAGUUAUCAUUUCUUUUUGUACCAAAGAAGUGUCAGUUGACCAUCUUAACACCCCCCUUUCAUGAGAGCAAACAAAGAGCCUGAAGCAGAAAGCCUGAUUCAACAGAGAGAGUCUCUAACCAGCUUUGUGAUACUGGUUAUCUUUUGCUUGAGCUUAAGGCUCAUUCAAAGCAAGCCUGGGUUUACCAAGCUGAAAAUUCACAGUAUAAAAGCUUUUAAAAAGUACUUAAAACAUGUUUUUUCUUUGUGUUGCCACAUACGUCACAGAUUUUUAGUGACAGGACUCAAUCAUUGUGCAACUCCAACUAGUAACAGAUUAGCCUGUGUGAUGAACCUAAAGAUCACCUGAGGUCCUUCGUGGUUAAUGAUAUGCAUUCCAGUGCAUCAUAUUUUUUGACAUCUUAAUGGUGCGUCUUGUGAUUUGUCAGCCUUGCAGGUAAUAAAGUCUCACAAGAGCAGAGCCUACAUAUUUGAAAUGUGAUGUCGUUGCAUUUAUCAUGUUUUGUGGGUUUGUAUGUGUUUUGUAUGUGUAUCUCUCACCUGCCAUGUAGCUUGUUUAGUACAAAAUGACUGGUAACAGGAAGAGGAACUAUUUUUGUUGCGUAGUUGGUGUUCAGGCUGACAAAAGAAUUGAGAGGCAUGUUAUUCAUUUUGAUGAGACCACAGUUUCCAGGGGCAGGGCUUAGGUAAAUGUGGAUAAGCAUCAAAGUAAGACUCGAGUGAUAGAUGGCUAGUUGAAAGUGAACUUGGACUCUUUUCACCAUUUUCAUUCAGGGCAAACUUGACCCUCUCUCUUUCUCCUUCUCUUUUUCUUCCUCCAGGUGUUCUCCAUACAUCAGUUGUCCUCCUCACUGAGAUGUGUGAAAGAAGUCCUGACAUGCUGGCCCAUUUCAGAAAGGUACAGAUAGAUUCUCUCAUUCAAGAGACCUCAGAGUAAUUUACGGCAUUUGUCUUAAGCUCACGUCACAUUUCAUUCUCACUUUGCGUACACUUUUCAUUUAAGUAGAGUUAAGUUAGCCAAACAUGAGUUCAAUGUGAUUAAACUUUGAGGCUUGGAUUGUGAUGCAGGUUUGUUCUACAUCCAGAGUAUGUCUCAGUCCUUGAUCUCCUUCCGCUGUCUUUUCCUCUUGUAUUUCAACUGCUGCUGUACCUCUCCUCUUUAGGUGUUGCACACUGUGCCAGAGGCACCACACCUCAUGCUCAUGAUCUAAACAUUAUUUUAAGCUUUUCUGAAAGUGAAUGAUUUCCAAUUUCCCCUCCCUAACAUCUACCUCAUAUUUUUUCUGUCAUUUGUCUUUGUUACACUUCCUGCAUUGUGUUAGAAUGAGAAGGUAAGAGUACAUUCUGAUCUCAUAGCUGGUGCAUGCUGUAUAUAGUAAUCACUCCUCACAGUCACAGUUCAGACGUAACCCGAUUUGUGUUGAGUUAUUCUAUGUCAUGUUGUGCUAUAAUUUAUAAUUUUGAGUUCUUUGACUUGUACGGUGAUCAUUACUAUGUCCGUGUCUCGAUAUUUCUAAAAGAAUUUUGGUCCAUUCGUCAAAUACAUUUCUCACUAUUGUUUUGAGUGUCAUUACUUGCAAUAUAUGCAACUCACUGUUUGAUCACUGUCUAUUAAAAGCAGUUGGGAAGGUGUGUUUGUAAAUGAGAGCCUCAGGUAGCUGAUAAUUCUCACCAGAUCUUUGCCACUAUUGGAGGGUGAUUUUAUCACUCACUUUCUGGAGAGGUGUUUUUAUUUUUUAAUAAUGAAGAGUAAAGAAGUGUAAAUAUUUUAUGUGCACACAGAUAUUUGAUAGGUUUAGGAUUCCUUUCUCUUUUAAAAUCUCCAUUCUGGAUCAUUAGGGAGGAUAUCAGCUUUAUGCUUUAUCUGUGUGCCUUCUGUCAAGUGACUUGGCUUGGGGCGUUUUCAGUCUGGCAUAACAAAAGACGCCUGAACGAAUUGAAACAAAACUAAAUGAGGAAAAAAGGAAAUUUCUCUGACAACUCCAAACCUGUUAAAAUCACAAAUGUAAUGUAGUGAGAUAAGAUUAGACAUAUCUUUGAAUAUCUAGCAAGUACGACAGUCCCAAUGCAUACAAGUAUUUCCAAUAAGCGGGCUUGUUUUUUUCUUGAUGCCAGUGUUUGUUACUGAAUAUCUCUUUCUACCCAGUCCUCUUAAUUCCUACCCACUGAGACAGCAAGUUGCAUUCUAAAAUAUUAUUUCUGUAUCUAAAUAGGAUUUUUAAAAAUUAUUGAUAAACAGCUAUUUAUGUAAGUCUAAGUAAAGGCAUCCAGUAACUUUUCUUAUGGAAAUCACAAAUCAUUUAAGCUUAUAUUUUAUACAAUGAGGCUUGAUAUCACGGCCUUAAAAAUUUGACUAUUUAACCAUUGUCGCUUUAACCCCAUAGUUCUGUUUUAAUGGACAUAUUUACAAGUUUAGUCAGCUGCCACUUCUGAUAACAAAUGAUAAGCCUCAAACUAAUGACUUCUUUACUAUACCAUAAGAAUGAAUACAGUAAGUUUGUUAUUUAAGUUUGAAACUGGAAGGUCUACACAAAAUAUUAUGAUACCUCUGCUUUUCUGUUGUGUUUUUGGUCUUCCUGUAGCUGGUUCCACAGCUGGUAAGAAUCCUGAAGAACCUAAUCAUGUCUGGAUACUCUCCUGAGCAUGAUGUGUCAGGCAUAAGCGAUCCAUUCCUACAGGUAAACCUCCCUCUGUCCUAAUUCUAAUACUCCCCAGUGAAAGUGCAGAUCUAGAUUUUGGUUUGCUAUACUGUUAACCAGAAAAAGACACUGAGAGUACUUAAAUGUGCUUUUAUCACCAGAAUCUCAAUAAAAAUGCAACAGUAACAUGAAGCAGUAGAACUCAGAGUUGUGCUUUUGGCAUCAUUUAGGCAGAGCUAUAUUGCUCAAGUGAACUAACACAACUUCAAUAUGUAUUUAUUUUUAUGUCUGUAGGUGCGGAUAUUGAGACUACUGAGAAUUUUAGGCAAGAGCGAUGAUGACUCCAGUGAAGCAAUGAAUGACAUUCUUGCACAGGUGAGAAUGACUUGUAAUUGUUUUUUCAUUCCAGCGUACAUUUCGUUGAGUAGAGUGGGUCUUAAUUUACAAAUGUAUGGUGGUUUGUUCUCACAGGUUGCAACAAACACAGAGACAAGUAAAAAUGUAGGCAAUGCAAUCCUGUACGAGACUGUACUGACUAUAAUGGACAUCAAGUCUGAAAGUGGACUGAGGGUAAGAUAACCAAAAUAUGAGACAUAACUUCGGAUGAACAUUUUUGUUGAGCUUUUCUAAAUACACUUAAUCUUGCAGGUCUUGGCUAUUAACAUCCUGGGACGCUUCCUUCUCAACAAUGACAAAAAUAUCAGGUGAUUAAUUCAUUCAGCCUUUGUAUGCAUUCAAUCAUCAGAAAUGUUAUUGUCGAUUGCUGAUUACAUCUUUUAAUUAAAAUCGCGAAUCCAGAUAUGUGGCAUUGACGUCCCUACUAAAGACGGUACAGACAGACCACAACGCAGUGCAGAGGCAUCGGAGCACCAUUGUGGAUUGUUUAAAAGACCUGGAUGUGUCCAUCAAGAGGUAAUUCACUAUCUCGGAAGUGCAGGAAUCAACAACAGCUGUAUGUUUCUCACUGCGUUGUAUCUGACCUUCUCCCACUUGUCAUUGUCGUGCAGACGUGCAAUGGAACUGAGUUUCGCCCUGGUGAAUGGGAACAACAUCAGAGGCAUGAUGAAAGAGCUCCUCUACUUUCUGGACUCCUGUGACCCUGAAUUCAAGGCUGACUGUGCAUCAGGAGUCUUUUUAGCAGCAGAAAAGUAUGACAUUAAAUGAAUGACGGCAGAAUGUAGUAAACAACUUUUUGUUAGUCGUAACACAGCUACAGGAGAUGACAACACUUUUUCAAUGCUGUAUGAUGAUAAAAUGAGUGAUCCAUCGUCUGACAGACGUUGCUGACAACAUUAUUUUUCUGACAGCAUUUGUCACCUUGCUGUUUACCACUCAUUUUACUUGACACAUUCAUCUCCUCUUCUUGGUGGAGACUAAUUGCGGUCUUAAUGUUACAGGUAUGCUCCUUCGAAAAGAUGGCACAUAGACACCAUUAUGAGAGUCCUGACAACAGUACGUAUAAAAAUCACUUCAAUUCAUAAUGUUUUUUUCUCCCCUGCACUAGAAGAAUGGCAUCUGUACCACACGAUUGUUAAUAUUUUUAGGUUUGUUUGUGUUUCUGACUGAUGUUUCUGCUUGCAUUCAAAGGCAGGGAGCUACGUACGAGACGAUUCUGUUCCCAACCUCAUCCAGCUCAUCACCAAUAGUGUGGAGAUGCACGCCUACACAGUCCAGAGACUUUACAAAGCACUGCUGGAUGACAUCUCGCAGGUAAGAUCACACCUGGUCGGGGUUAAGAUUAGAUUUUAUUCUGCACUGUUUUAACUUUCAAGGAGCUCAAGAGUGCACCAGAUUUGAGAUGUAUUUCUCUUCGUUUCGUAGCAACCUCUAGUGCAAGUAGCAUCCUGGUGCAUAGGAGAGUAUGGGGACCUGCUGGUGUCAGGGCAGUGUGAGGAAGAGGAGCCUAUUCAGGUACGCUUGGAGGAAUGCUGGCCACAUGGGCAGAUGUACAUACAAAAUGAAGUGGUAAGGCUUUGAUAGAAGCUAUGUGUCUCAAAAGUUUUUGCUACUUUCAUUUUCCGUUAAGGUGACUGAGGAUGAAGUUCUAGAUGUGCUGGAAGGCCUCCUGGUGUCCAACCUGUCCACACCGGUGACCCGGGGUUAUGCCCUCACUGCCAUCAUGAAGCUGUCCACACGCUUCAGCAGUGUCAAGUAAAUAAAAAUGUUUAAUUUUGCAAAAGUUUUGGUGUUGAGUAAAUCAUAUUCGUUCGCCAUAACCAGCACUGAUUUCCCCUUUUUUCCUUUCCAUAAUUUUUUUGUUUGUUUUUUUUUCUUUUCCAGCCGAAUCAAGAAGGUGGUUUCGAUAUAUGGCAGUAGCAUUGAUGUCGAGCUUCAGCAGAGAGCUGUGGAGUACAAUGCGCUUUUCAAGAAAUAUGACCACAUGAGGUGAAUUUGAAAUAAUAAGUUGUGCCUGUUGAUCGGUAGAAACAUCCGCUUGUGAUUUAGCUUGAUCUUUUGUCUCUUUUUUCUUCAUUAUUAUUGUUUUUUUCCAUGAUCCAUAGGCCAGCUCUGCUAGAACGAAUGCCCAUCAUGGAAAAGACUGCUUCCAAUGGCCCCACAGAAAUUGUCCAGACAAAUGGGGAGACUGAGUCCUCUGUUGUGGAAGCAAAACAUCCACCACCUGUUGCCCAGCCAGCCAACCAGGUGAGAUUAGAGUUAGUAAGGUUGUACAGAGUGCAUGUAGUUUAUUUUAUUUUAUCAUUUUAUCAUUUUAACAUUUUGUCCUUGUUGUCCAGGCUAAUGAUUUAUUAGACCUACUUGGUGGUCAUGAUGUGGUGCCAGUAAUCCAAACUACAAUGCCCACUAAGCCUGCCUCGGCUGGAGGAGAGCUGCUUGAUCUGCUUGGCGACCUCUCACUAAGUGGUAGGAUACUUUGUUAAUGCUCUCUGUUAUCCCUUUCAAAGCAAAGAUGGAACCUGAUAUUAGCCCAUUGUUAGUCGUGAGUGUAAAUGUGAUGUCCCACCCACUCCCUCCCUGUUCAGCGAAUAGCACUUUGUUAUUGGCAUUAAAAAAGAAAAGAACAAAUCCCUGGGAUGUUGCUGUCCCUCUCUUUAGGUGGCCCACCCCCUGCUCCUGCUCCCUCUGUGCCCACCUCCCAACCCUCAUUCCUCCUGGAUGGGCUUUCCUCACCGCCUCUCUUUAAUGACAUUGCAGCUGCAGGUGAGAAUCUGUUGCCCCCACCUCUAUGUGAACCUGAGUAUAGUCAUUUUCAUCAUUACCCUUGUGUAUUCAAGCAGGUGGUUCUACAUCUUAUUGGAAAUGUUAUUUAUCGCAUCCUAAUGUUUAUGGUCUUCUUCUCUAAAAUCUCUGUAUAGCUAUUCCUCCGAUGACGGCAUACAACAAAAAUGGUCUGAAAAUAGACUUCACAUUUGAGAGAGCUAAUCCCAAUCCAAACAUUGCGGUCAUCACCAUCCAUGCUUCCAACUCGACAGAGGCAGAUAUGACAGAAUUUGUUUUUCAGGCUGCAGUACCAAAGGUAAGCGAGAACAGACGGACUAUAUUCUACAUUUUCUUCUUUGCCUAGCAGAUUUCAUAUCAGACACUUUCAGUCGUGUGCAUUUGAAAGGGGGAGUUGAGAUGUUAGAAUUAGAGAUCCAUUAGUUGUGGUCGGCGUGUGAUUGAUGUGGGCAUCAUUAAUAUUUCAUCUGUAUGGUUAUCAGUAAACCGAUCUAACACACUGCCUCCAAUUCAUUUUUUUUAGACAUUCCAGCUGCAGCUCCUGUCCCCUAGCAGCAAUGUUGUCCCAGCACUCAACCAGGGAACUGUCACACAGGUCAUCAGAGUCCUCAACCCACAGAAGGUAGGUUCAGCCCUCAAAAGUGGUUUGAUCUUGUUCUAAUGAACUUUUUUUAAGACCUUCAAUGAUUUCCUUUUGUAAUAAACACAAUCAUCCUCACAAAAUUUCAGCAACAGCUACGAAUGAGGAUCAAGCUGACAUACACCCUCAAAGGCUCACCUGUGCAAGACCUGGCUGAGGUUAAUAACUUCCCCCCUCAGUCCUGGCAGUGA